GCACUAUCACAGACCACGUGAGAGGAAUAUUCAGUGACGGUCCCCGACAGUCCGGUUCAUCUCUGCUGCUGACAUGGACUCUUGGACAGUCUAUAGUCUCAGCUUCUCAGAAACGGACGUGGAGGGAGGGCGGCACUCUGUCUGAAUGUAACCUUUGAUCUUUUGCCGUUUUCUGUUCUUUUUUUCUGUUCUUUUUUUGUUUGAUUUUUUUUCUUCCUCCUCUUGCUUCUCUCCUCCACAAGCCGAACAGUUUAGAGGGUGGGGGGUAUGGCUUGGCCGUGCAUCAGCAGAGUGUGCUGCCUGGCUCGCUUCUGGAACCAGUUCGACAAAUCGGACCUCUCCGUCCCGCUCACCAUCCAGAACUACUCGGACAUCGCCGAGCAGGAGGUGCGGUCCGUCACCAAACAGGUCUCCGCCUCGGAGCGCGCACCCGGGAAUAACUACUCAACCCCGGACCCGCGCGGCGCCGGUUCCCCUCAGGCGCCCGCAGAUGGCCCGGGGACCCGCGGAUCAUUUAGGGCAAGGAAGGAGCCCAGCUACAAGCCCCGGGAGGACUACCACCCGCCCGGAGUGCCUUUCCCCAGCGUUACCCAAUACAAGCAGGAUUUCAAACCCUGGCCCAUUCCCAGGAAGGAGAAUUUCCCUUGGAUUAGUAACGGGGGGAGCAGGGCGGACAGUGUUUCGGACAGCCCGGUGAACAGUUGCCACAGCCAAGCACAACCGGGGGAGAGAGAAGAGCGGGGCAGGGGGCAGAGGUGGGGGGAGCAGCAGGUGACGGAGGAGAGCAAAACCAGCUCCUACAGGCAAGAGUACAGGCCUUGGACGGGGGUGAAACCAGCCAAAAGUGCGAGGAAAAAUCCUCCAGCUCAAUACUCCAGCCCUGGGACAGAGGCCACCCAUGUCCCACGAGAGACCAGCUACCAGGCUGCCUACAGCGGGGAUGGCCACAGGUCCAUAGGGCUGCAUCAGGGGGAGCAAAUCAUCCGAUCUGCUGUCUCCAACAUACAACCUGUUGCUGUCCCCCAGCCUAUCUCCACUGCCGUGCGGGUUGGCGGAGCACCCAGCCCCUCCAGCCUCCAGCAGAGCGUCCCACCUGAGAGGACCGAGUUCAGUGGAAUGACCAAGGGAGAGGAACAUCUGGUGAGGACCAAGCUCCCUCCGAACCCGUCUGCUGUCUUUCAAAGUGGAUCGAGGGUCUUCAACAUCUGAGGGCUGCUCCCAUUUCCAACCAUUCCACUUUGAUCGGUUUAAGUUUUACGGCAAUCAACAGGGGAGCGUUUUCAGUCCAUUCCACAACACAAGAAUCUAUGCAAGGGAAUGUAUUGUUGUGAAGGCUGUGGAGCUGCAGAGUCAGUCUCCCAAGUGGAGAUAGAUAGAUAGAUAGAUAGAUAGAUGCCCCCCUUUUACACUCCUCCUUGCCCCCAGUUGCUAUGGAAAUGCAUAUGCAUGAAACAAAAUAAUUUUGAAACAAGCUUUUUUUUUCUGUUUUUGUGGUUAUAGACGCACAAGAAACUGGCUGCUGUGUGUUUGUUUGUAUGUGUGAGUUUGUGUGUGUGCACCUGCUGACUUGUCCUUUUAUUGUAUAUAAUGUUGAGUCUGCUCCAAUAAUGAAUGACAAGGUGUUUGCUUAGACUACUCUGUUACCCUUUGGUGUUGCUAGAAAUCUGCUCGAAAAUAAGUUAUUUCCUCAGUAUUCGAUUAGUUUACUAUUUUGGGAAAGUCUUGUUCGGUCUCUUAUUUUGUUAAUCUAUUGUUUAAGAAAAAGAACAAAUAUAUAAUGUAAGUGAAAUGACAAUAAAAGAAUAUUAGGUCCUUAGCACUUUCUAUCUGAUGUCACUUGGCUCUUUAUCUGCACUGGAUUUUUUUAUGGCAUCACACUGAUCUGGGUGGUAGUAUUAGUAUUGAAUGAAAAGAGCAGUGAUUACAGUUACCUGCUAUUAUUCCAAAGGUCAGGAAAUGUAAUGUAGUCGAUGUAAAUUUAAUUGUAAGGAGUAGUUUAUGGGUGUCAUUUUGGUCAAUAUGCUUAUUUGCUUUCUUUGCAAGAGUUAGAUGAGAAGAUUAGUACCACUCUCAUGUCUGUGCCUUAAGUA